UAGGGUUUCCUCAAAGGGUCCUCAGCCUUAUCGCUUUCUCUUUUUAUUCUCUCUCUGUGCUUCUCUCCCUUAAGGUGUCUGCAGCUUAUAGGAACAAGAAUCAUAAGGAGCAUCAACACCACAAUUAGAUAUCAUGGGUCGUGUCAUCAGAGCCCAGAGGAAGGGUGCCGGCUCUGUGUUCAAGUCCCACACCCACCAUCGCAAGGGCCCAGCUCGUUUCCGUAGUCUCGACUAUGGUGAGCGCAAUGGUUACCUCAAGGGGGUCGUGACUGAUGUCAUUCAUGACCCUGGUCGUGGAGCACCACUCUGCAAAGUCUCAUUUCGCCACCCAUUUCGCUACAAGAUCCAGAAGGAGCUCUUUGUGGCAGCAGAGGGAAUGUACACAGGUCAGUUUGUGUACUGUGGUAAGAAGGCCAAUCUGAUUGUUGGGAAUGUACUCCCCUUGCGUUCAAUCCCUGAGGGUGCGGUCGUGUGCAACGUUGAGCACCAUGCUGGGGACCGUGGAUCCUUUGCCAGGGCAUCUGGGGACUAUUGCAUUGUGAUCAGCCACAACCCUGACAAUGGUACCACCAGGAUCAAGCUCCCAUCAGGUGCAAAGAAAGUAGUACCAAGCGGGUGCCGUGCCAUGAUUGGUCAAGUAGCAGGCGGUGGAAGGACAGAGAAGCCUCUCCUCAAGGCUGGGAACGCAUACCACAAGUUCAGAGUGAAGCGCAACUGCUGGCCUAAGGUGCGUGGUGUGGCCAUGAACCCAGUCGAGCAUCCCCAUGGUGGUGGUAACCAUCAACACAUUGGUCAUGCCAGUACUGUUAGGAGGGAUGCUCCCCCUGGUCAAAAGGUUGGUCUUAUUGCUGCUAGAAGAACUGGGCGUCUUCGUGGACAGGCUGCUGCCACUGCUUCCAAGGCCGACAAAGGAGCAUAAUGCAUUUCUUUCUCUUGCUGUUUCUCAUUUAGUGUUCUUUGUUGCCCCCUGUUUCUCUUUUGACAUUUUGUCUCGAAUUUUGUUGUUUUUGGGAGGGCGAGACUAAGAGGAUUCUUAGUUUAGUGGACAUUUAUCAGAUUUUGGUUCAUUUGAAUGCAUGUUUUGGUUGAAGAUGUUGAGACUUUUCAUCUCUUUUGAUAGCUCAAGUUGUUAUGACUUUAUAUCCCUCUUGGAGGUUGCAUUUAUAAGUAAUUUAGUUAAAA